UUAAUGAUUUAAAUACACACUGUGGUGUUGGCAAGGGGGUAACCUACAUAUGUAUACAUAUAUGAAUAGUACAUAAAUGUGCAUAAAACUGCAUUUCAAAAUAAUAAACUUACAAGACCCAAAUACAUCAAAUAAUUCUUUAACGGUUUCAAAACUAAGGCAUGUUUUUAUAAUUUAAAUUUGGAGCAUAAAAGAUUGUCGUCAUGAAUUGAUUUUUUUUUAAAUUGAGUGUUCCAUCUUUCGAGUGUGAACGUACAGAUGCAAAGGAGUGAAAUAUUUUUUCGUCACCUAAAUUUAUUAGACCCAGGAAUAGAAAGUGAAAACAAAGCACAAAUAUAUGCAAAGCACUUUAACAACAAUCCACCCAACUAAAUACAACCCAGACUGCAGCCAACAUGCAUUUACAGGAUUACCUCAGAAAUGAAGAAAAUGCGUCUGCGCCAGACGACAGUAAUCAUAAUCAUGCAUGUCGGCCUUCCUCCAAUCAUGAGCAGUUUAUAAGUCUUAACCGUGAUUGUCAAAAGAAUCUGUUGAGGCUUCAUCCACCGCCGCCUUCAAAACCACCUCCUCUCGCGGGUGCUAUCCUGCAAUCUCGCCUUCUGCAACAUAUAAACUUGGGCGCGAAUUCAGCAGAAACAGAUGCAUUAGAGGAGCACUGUAGAGGAGCCAAUGUCCUUCAACGGUCGGCCACUUUGCCAGCGAAACAUAACCGCUUAGGGGUUCGCAGCCGCGUGACUUUUAAAGUCCCAUCGUCAACAACUCCUGCUCCUACUCCAGAUCCAAUCCAAAUUCAGGUUGCUAGAACUGUGGUAGGUCCUAAGGAAAAGGAAUCUAGCAAAAUGACUUCAGAAGAUUUGUUGCAGCCGGGCCAUGUUGUAAAAGAGCGUUGGAAGGUGGUGCGUAAAAUCGGCGGUGGCGGUUUUGGAGAAAUUUACGAGGGACAAGACCUUAUUACACGUGAACAGGUCGCCCUCAAAGUAGAAUCUGCCCGCCAGCCCAAGCAGGUGCUUAAAAUGGAAGUGGCCGUUCUAAAGAAAUUGCAGGGGAAGGAGCACGUAUGUCGAUUUAUUGGAUGCGGCCGAAAUGAUCGAUUUAACUAUGUCGUGAUGCAGCUUCAAGGAAAGAAUUUAGCCGAGCUCCGUCGUGCUCAGCCGCGUGGCGCAUUUUCGCUCAGUACAACACUUAGGUUAGGGUUACAAAUUCUCAAGGCCAUUGAAUCUAUACAUUCUGUGGGCUUUCUUCAUCGUGAUAUUAAACCGAGCAACUUUUCUGUGGGUCGUUUGCCUUAUAAUUGUCGACGUGUCUAUAUGCUAGACUUUGGAUUGGCGCGUCAGUAUACCACUGGUACUGGUGAAGUGCGGUGUCCAAGAGCUGCAGCUGGUUUUCGCGGCACUGUUCGCUAUGCUUCUAUUAAUGCACAUCGCAAUAGGGAAAUGGGACGUCACGACGAUCUGUGGUCACUUUUCUAUAUGCUUGUCGAAUUUGUAAAUGGUCAAUUACCGUGGCGAAAAAUAAAAGACAAGGAACAAGUUGGAUUGACAAAGGAGAAAUAUGACCACAGAGUGCUGUUAAAGCAUUUGCCGUCAGAUUUAAAGCAAUUUCUAGAACAUAUUCAAUCUCUUACCUAUGCAGACCGACCGGACUACGCGAUGCUUAUCGGUUUAUUCGAGCGGUGUAUGAAACGACGCGGCGUCAAGGAGUCUGAUCCAUAUGACUGGGAAAAAGUGGAUUCCUCGACGAUUGGCAACUUAAGUACAACAACAGGAAACCCAUCAGUUCCUGUUAAAAACGAUUACAUGCACGGGAACAUAACACAAAUGACUGUGGCAGCAUCUAACGCAAGUGGCACGGAAUACGUGCGAAAGCGAGCUGAUAUCGAAACCGCUCAUAUUACAGCGACCGAACCAUUAAAUAUGAAGGAAAAAGUUGAUAAAAACUGCAAUGCAACCUCACUAGCGCCGAAAACAAAGGGAUCUGGCGAAGUCAACGUACAACACGGUAAUACAACAAAUAAUCAAAACAUUACACCAAAAGCGAUGCUGCAACAGCAUUCUACGCUACCCACAAACUCCCAAGUGGUAUUACCUAAUAUUCAAAGUGCGCCAAUUAAUUUACCAAUGGUUGGUAUAGGAAGCAACGAUGUUCAGGUAAUGGUUCCACAAUCAGCAAUUCACCCAAAGAACACCCAGGCGCAAAACGGGGCUGGAUCCUUUUCAACAACAAAUCAAAACAACUCUGCCCCGGUGUAUGGAAAUUCUUUUCCACAGUUGGAAGAUAAAGCACCUAUCAAGUUUUUGCCAACGAAAUCAAAUGCAGAGUGCGAAAGUAUAGUUGACGUCGUUGCCAAGAGUAUAUUUGAGCCGAAAACCAUAGAUUUAAUGAAAAAACUCACUUCGCCAGAGUUAGCCAAUAAGCUAAUACAAAAGUCAGGAGAAGUGACAAACGAGGAGGGCUCUGAAGUCAAGAGGGCAUUGGAAGAACAAAAAUCUACGUUUGGACGUCUUCGUGUGCUCACAGCGCCCCCAAUGAGUGUACAUGAUCUAACUGCGGGUGGCGGCCAUAGCCAACAGGGGUCUGAUUUAUUAAUAAAACAAGAAGCAAAUGCUCAGUUUUCGACUAGCACCAAUGCUGGCCCCGUGGCCGGGAACAGCUCGUCCUCAAAAUUUGCCAUCAACCACCAUGGUCAAAUUUUUGGAAUGGCUGGCAUGCCGCCAGUAAAUCGACGAUCGGCAACAUCAACCAACUUACGGCCAUCUUCCUCUGGAGCAAACAGCAGUUCAAUUCAAAGGAUAAAUAGCGGAUCGACCGGUGGUGGAGGUGUUGGCACUGGAAGCAACACCGCCAGAAGCAGUGUUGCUGGUGAUCAUUCUGUCACCCAAUUUGCUUUAAUCGACGACGAAAACGUGUCAGCAUUACAACAGGUAACCAAAGGCGGAGCCCUCACGCUGGCAUCCCAAUGGAAGAGUCAGUUUGAUGACUCAGAGGACACUACGGAUAACGAAUGGAACAGAGAACCACAGUCGCAACCCAAUUUGGAGAAAUUGAUUAAAGUGCCCUUUAAUGAAGCCAAACAAUUUUCAAAACAUGUCGACGCUGAUACAGGCAAAACAUCUAAUAUCCUAAUUAAAGGAAAAGACAUCCCGAAGAGGUACACACUGAACAUAACUGGAAUUGAAAACUAUGAAGCUUUGAGAAUCUCCAUACCACACUGCUGGUCUGAGCCCGCAAUGGGUAAUGUAUUACGAAAAGACUUGGAACCACCGGCUGUGCAACAAGCCGCAUUUGAUGACACAGUUUAUCGCAUGGAUAUAGCGAGAAAUGUUUGCGUGAGGGAAGCUCAUUCGGAAAUCACUCCUUUGGCUAAAGUUGUGCCUACCACUUCCUUGGUUUCCAGGAAUGUCUUACCUUUCCAUUUUAAAGAGGACACUGCAUUUCAGCUAAAUACAUCAAAUGAUGACCGAACCAAAUCAAAACAUCGAAGCAGCCUUCCUAAUGUUUCAAUUACUGAUAUUUUUGACGACCAGCCGAUGCAAUCAAAUUCUGACGCUAUGCUUAUAGAAGACUCCACUAAACCCUGGCAGGUACAGACAACAUCUUGUCAAAGAAGUAAUUUACCUUUGAGCGCAGAAAUCCAGGAAAACAAUGGUUGUAUUAGUGGUCGUUUGGAAAUUCGGGUUAUUCCAAAAGAAACUUCUCAUCUGGAUGACUCUGUUUACUAUGAUGCAUUGGCAGCUGUUAAAAAUACUUCAACCACAAAUCAGGCCCACGACCUUUUUGAUAAAGCCCAUAUUUACUGUGAUGAAUUAAAAAAAAAAGCUGAACUGAUAGCUUCCCCAACAAAUACAGCUAAUAAUUUGACGACACCAAUCCACAAACACACUACCGAAAAGCCAAUCGAAGCUAAUUGCUGUAGCGUACAUUCUGCCGAUGUCAAUAAACUAAAGUUAAACGGAAAUAGUGAAACUUCUAACGCAAUGAAUGAUCAAGAAAAUGUCAAUGCAGGUGACUCUAUAACUCCAUUGGCCAGAGACUGUACUGACGGUUACAGGGAAACUGAUUCAGGAUGCGAUCUUCCACUACUGAAUCCUAGCAAAAUACCAGUACGCCAAUCAAAAUGUGCAUCGUGGGCGGGGGCUGAUACUACAAUAAGUGUUUCUAAAACAUUUGAGUCCAUAAAAGCACCACAGGAAAUCCCUCACAAUCCACAAAAUGACACGCCAAAUUCCGUAAAGGAUAUUACACCAGUUCGUAAAAAUACAUACUCCAUUGCUUUAGAAUAUCCUCCUAAUAUAACGGAUCUUACACCAGGUUUACGUCGACGGAGGGAAUCUACCGACGGAAAGUAUGUCACAGACCCAACUCAACUGCAAUUAAAAUUCCAAAGGCCCCGAUCACGAACUUCUAGCAGGACCCGUGGCAUUUCCAAUUCAAUGUUAGGAAAUUUUGAUGAUAACGGUACACUUAUGACUAGACGUAUUGGAGCCCAACUUGUUCAAAACGAUGAAUCAAAUAAUGUACCAACGAGUGAAUAUUCUGCUGAGCUACAACCUAAAUGCAACAUUUCGCCACCACCGGGGGAUCCCAAAAUGGAAAAUAGUGCGCGGCUUCGUCGUUAUAGACAUAAUUUAGAAUAAUCAAUUAACUUCAGGUUUACAGUGAAUCUAUCAAACUCUCUCAACGUAUACUUUUUUUAAUAUAGCUGUUUGGCAAACAAAAGAAGUGCCAUUAACAUCUUAAAAUUGUUUAAUGUAAACCUAUUUUGCCACUGCAACAAUUUACAUUUUGUUUUAGAGAUGGAAUUUAACCAGUAGUAAAUUAACCACCAUUGGGGAGGCAAAUUCAAAAUUUUGAAUUUUAUAAUUGUAACUGUUUGUUAUCCAAGAUAUGCUCGUUGGAAAUAUAUAUUAUUUAUAUAAUAUAUUAGCAUGGUUUUAUUUUUAUGAUACAAAUAAAACCGACCAAUUAAAAAACGUAAUGUACGGACAAAAGAAAAAACAAUUAUUUUUGGGAAAAUUAUCCAAUGUUAUAUUCUAAACUUGAACUUCCAUUCAGUCGACUGAGAAAAUCUUUGGCCUUAAUAGACUGAAUAGAAGUUUGGUAACUUAAGUUUCGUUUUCUAGCCCUAAUGGAUGAAUAAAAGUAGGUUUUAAAUUGCGACAUUUUUUAGGGGUUUUCAGCUUUAUAUCAUAUUUUGCUUUCAUGAAAAUAAGAAAUAAUUUUUUGGCUUUAUUUUAUAAAUACUUAUGAGCUCUAAAAAAUUAUGUUUUCUUACGUCCAACAAAAAAUCAUAUUUUUCACCCGAUAAUGAUGAUUUAGCCUUACUUAAGCACAGUUUGUCACCACACUUUUGAAAUGUUAGAAAAUGACUUUUUUAAUUAGUUUAAAAUUAUUAAAAGUCUUAAAAUUGUCCGAAAUAAAACACGAAAAAAAAUAUAAAACAUAUAAUUAUUUGUUAAGGAUUUUAUUUUAGAGAAUGUUAGUUUUGGUCUUAAAUAAGAGCUGAUCCGAUUUUAUUCAAAGCAAAUAAUUAUAAUAAAUAAUUUUAAUUAUUUAAAAAUAAAUUUUAAUAGGCCUAAUCAACGCAUUUAUCAGACCUUUAGUUUUUUUCUGAACUGAAAACUGGAACAGGGACGUUAAAUCAAACGAACGAAUAAAAAAAGUAAUUUCCUCACAUUUAAAAUAACGCGAGUACCAGAGCUAAUGUAACAAAAGUGACAAGCUAUGCUUAUAAAAACUUACGUUAUAAUAAUACUUCCGAUGGCUAAUAUGUUGGUUUAACUAUAUUUAUUAUUUUUAUUGUCAGAUAAGAAUAUAAGACUAUAAUGUUCAUAAAACUACAUGCUAAUAUAUAAUUUUUUUAAUAUAGUUUUUAAUAAAUUGAAAUAAGCAAUUUUUAUUGGAUCCAGUUACAAUUCUAGUGGUACCCAAUUAGACAAAUUGGUCAAGAACUGACAAUUUUACGACAUAAACAAAUUCGUUAUUUCGUUUUUUCUGGAUUUCUUGAAAUUAACCCAAAUUACCAUAUUUAAUGAUGUCUACUAGGUAGAUUUUUUUUAUAUCAACUAAUUAACCAUACGGAAAUAGCGACAUGGACAUUUGUGUAUAUAGGAAUCUAUAGGAAAUAAUAUACAACUGUGUUUUCAAUCUUUGUCAUAAUGAUUUGUACGGUGAAAAUUAGAUUUCAAAAGUGAGAUAAAGAAAAUUUAAUUUUUAAAAUUAAAGUUUAUUUAAAAAAUUUUAAUUCAUUUUCAUGAACGUUUAUUUUAUUUGUCAAACGGCUGUAUUAUCAAUAACGUUGAAUACAUAAUUAAUAUUUUAUUUUGAAAUUAGUUCGAGCAGGUGCCAUUUAUUAUGAUUUAACAUCCUUAUGUAGUCUAAAACAGAACCAUAAUUUAAACCGUCGGAUUUAUGAUCAGUCCGAUGAAAGAAUAAUGCAUUCAUGAAAACACAAAAGGUCGUUAACUAUAAUUGGAACUAAUAUCUACCGGUUUAGACUAUCGUAACACAAGUAUUGGAGGCCUCAACAGAUUUCUCUUCUAGCUAAAUAUCAUAUGUAAUAUUAUAAUUUAUAAAUCAUAGAGUAUAGAAUACAUUGUUGUAAUCAAGUUGCAGAUAAUCUAGAUGUUGCAAAUUUGUAGUUAUUUAAAUUAACGUCAAUAAUAGAAUGCUCCAAAAUUUGAAUUUUGUUAUUUAGUUAUACAUUAAUUGAAAAUGAUCCAGUUGUAAUUUUAAUUUCAGGGAUGUGUGAAAUUCUCGUUUGUCAUUAACCUUACGAAGUGCUUUCUAUGAAACUAAGUUUUUAAUAUUGUUUAAGUACACAAAAUAUGUUAUAAUACCGUUAUUGAUUUAUUGUAUAUAUUACGCUACUAUCGCAAAUGUAAUUGAUAAAAUUAACCUCAAUAAAGUGUAAUAUUAAUUCUGAUAAUUCUA